UAGUUUUUCUUAGCCACACUUGACAGAGUUACAGAGGAGGAGAGACACAGAGUCUGCUGUCUUCUCUCUCAGACACCGUGUGUGUGUGUGUCCGUGGGAGUGUGUGUCCGUGUGUGUUCCGGUCUUGCUCACCACCCUGUGAAGCCAAGUGGACUGAAAACAAGAGACAACAUGUGGUCUGUGCGGCCACAAAAAGAGCAGGUGCACCCUGCUCUUGGGGCUGACUUGAAGCAUGCUGGGGGAGAAUCAGCCAACGACCAGUAAUCUAAACCUGAUAAACUCAGAGGUUUCUGACUCCACCGCCACACUAGAUGCACAAGACCAUAUCACGAUGGCUGAUCUUGUGGAAAGCUUGGAUGCCAGAGAGCUGGAUAUCGGGGAAGGUGAUGAGAAUGACUAUGAUGCAAACUACUUAGGGGACUGUCGUAUCCCAUUUUCAGCAGUGUACUCCACAGUGGGUUUUAAGGAGGCCAGCGCGAAGGUGUACCUCUCCACUGUGCCCAUUACUGUCCGAAUCCUGGAGGUAGAGAGAUUCACCACAGCUCAGGACCGCUUUAACCAGUCACAAAACCGGAGUGUCAACAAGUCUCUGCCAGCUGUGUUCAAGAUUGAGCUGAAACACGGUGAGUUCACCUGGAUGGUGAAGAGGAAGGAGAAACAUUUCAUGGAGCUGCACAGAGAGCUCAGGACAUACAAGACCUUCAUGAGGAUACCGUUACCAUCGCGCAGCCACACAGUGAGACGAAGGACGGUGAGGAAGAGCGAGGUGAGGGAGAUGCCUUCCCUGCCGAGGGGAGUAGCAGACGAGCUGGUGCGAGAUGAGCAGGUCUCCAGCAGGAGGAAACAGUUAGAAGACUAUUUGAACAAGCUGCUGAGGAUGGCCAUGUACCGCAAAUAUCACCACACUAUGGCGUUCAUUGACGUCAGCCAGCUGUCUUUCAUUCAUGACUUGGGACCCAAAGGAUUAGAAGGGAUGAUCUAUAAGCGGUCAGGUGGACACCGUAUCCCUGGUAUGAAUUGCUGUGGUCAAAGCCAAGCCUGCUAUCGCUGGUCCAAACGCUGGCUGGUGGUGAAGGACUCGUGUUUGCUGUACAUGAAGCCUGACUCAGGAGCCAUCUCCUUUGUGCUGCUGGUAGAUAAAGAGUUCACCAUCAAGAUGGACUCUAAAGAGACAGAGACCCAACAUGGAGUCCGGAUUGAUAGCCUCUCCAGGACCCUGGUGUUUAAGUGCAGCAGCUACAGACACGCGCGCUGGUGGGGUCAGAGCAUCGAGAGCUUCAUAAGGAAUUACGGAAAGGCUUUCCUGCGGGAUCAUCGCUUCGGAUCGUUUGCACAGGAGCAGGAAAACAUCCCAGCGAAAUGGUAUGUUAAUGGAAAAACUUACAUGGAGGAUGUGGCUGACGCUCUGGAGGAGGCCAAAGAGGAGAUCUUCAUCACCGACUGGUGGCUGAGCCCCGAGAUCUUCUUGAAGAGACCUGUGGUGGAGGGCAACAGGUGGAGACUGGACUGUAUCCUCAAACGCAAAGCACAACAGGGAGUUCACAUCUUUGUGAUGUUGUAUAAGGAGGUGGAACUUGCCCUGGGCAUCAACUCAGGCUACAGCAAGAGGACCCUCAUGCACCUGCACCCCAAUAUUAAGGUGAUGCGUCAUCCAGACCACGUCUCCUCCUCGGUCUACCUGUGGGCACAUCACGAGAAGAUCAUUGUCGUCGACCAAUCGGUGGCUUUCGUGGGUGGGAUCGACCUGGCGUACGGCCGCUGGGACGACAGAGAGCACCGGCUGACGGACGUCGGCAGUGUGACGCGCUCCGUGGCCCUGGAGCAGGCGGGUUCAACCAAUACUCCCUCCAACAUGGGUGUGCCCCCUGUGGAUGGCAUCUCCCAAAGCAAUGGACAAGGGACACCAACCAAUGAGCCGGUGGACUUGCCCAAGCUGAAGGGCAUUGGCCGCCACAGGAUGGUUCGCUUUAGUCUGUACAGACACCUGCAUAAACACACUAUACAGCACGCAGACAGUGUUAGCAGUGUGGACAGUGCAGGGAGUGGCUCUGUGCGGAGUCUGAAAACAGGUGUUGGAGAGUUGCAGGGUAACACUCGCUUCUGGCAUGGAAAAGACUACUGCAACUUUGUGUACAGGGACUGGAUCCAGCUGGAGAAACCAUUUGAUGACUUUAUUGACAGAUAUACCACUCAAAGAAUGCCGUGGCAUGACAUUUCCUCCGUGGUUCACGGCAGAGCUGCCCGAGAUGUGGCCAGACACUUCAUUCAGCGCUGGAACUUCACAAAGAUCAUGAAGCCCAAGUAUCGCUCCCUGUCUUAUCCUUUCCUGCUGCCCAAGUCUCACUCCACUGCCAAUGAGCUCAGAUACCAGGUCCCUGACAGUGUUGAAGCCAAAGUACAAGUGUUGCGGUCAGCUGCAGACUGGUCUGCAGGCAUAAAGUACCACGAGGAGUCCAUUCAUAAUGCCUACAUCCAGGUCAUCGCCAAGAGCAAACACUACGUCUACAUUGAGAACCAGUUCUUCAUCAGCUGCACCGACAACAGAACGGUGUACAACAAGAUCGGAGACGCCAUCAUUGAGAGGAUCAUCAGAGCUCACAAGGAGGGAAAGAGGUACCGCGUCUAUGUGGUCACUCCACUGCUUCCUGGCUUUGAGGGAGACAUCACGACAGGGGGAGGCAACGCCAUUCAGGCUGUCAUGCACUAUAACUACAGGACCAUGAACCGAGGAGAGUACUCCAUCAUAUCCCAGCUGAAAAAGGACAUGGGUGACAACUGGUAUAACUACAUCUCCUUUGCUGGUUUGCGGACUCAUGCCGAGCUGGAGGGACGCCUGGUCACAGAGCUCAUCUACGUCCACAGCAAGAUGCUCAUCGCCGACGACAACACAGUCAUCAUCGGCUCUGCCAACAUCAACGACAGGAGCAUGCUGGGUAAACGCGACAGUGAGGUGGCAGUGAUUGUUGAAGACUCCCAAAAGGUGGCUUCUGUGAUGGAUGGCCAGGAGUAUGAAGCUGGACCAUACGCUCUCCAGCUACGCCUGGAAUGCUUCAGGACCAUCCUUGGAGGUCACACUGACUCCAGCAUCGAUCUGUCCGACCCCAUCAGCGAUCGUUUCUAUAAAGAAGUGUGGAUGGCCACAGCCGGACGCAAUGAUACCGUUUAUGAGAAGGUGUUCCGCUGCCUUCCUUCAUCUCUGGUGAGGAACAUGUCUGAGCUGGAGCAGUUCCAGUCCGUACCAGGCCUGGCCCAGACCGACAAGGCCCGCGCACAGGAGGAGCUGCACAAAAUCCGGGGCUUCUUGGUUCAGUUUCCUCUGGAGUUCCUGUCUGAACACAACCUCAUGCCCUCCGUCGGUUCAAAGGAGGGUAUGGCUCCCACCGAGCUCUGGACAUAAAGGAUGUAAAAAAAAAAAAACCCACUGCCACCUAUUUUCACGUCGGAACAAUUAGGCAGAUGUGUCCGGAUUCGCAAGAUUUCUCCUUCGAUGAGACGCGGGUUUACCGCUCUGCUGGGCAUUGACGAAUCCCUCAAAUGUGUCACUACUGAAAAAAAACACUAUAAACAGUGAUAACAAAUUAAAAGUGUAAGCACUAAAAUUUGGGAUGUAUGAAGAAUAAGAGGACAUCACAUUUUGACGACGGUUAUGACUCCACAGUGAGUGCAAUCAAAGUGUGAAGAUUUAAAGGAACAUGAACUUUUGGGUUUUUGGGAAUCAAACUCAACUCUGGACACUUUGCACCUUUGGACUGUUGGAAUAACUUGGAUUUCGCAAGCUCUGAGGGUGGAGUACGAGCAAAAUCUUACACAACAGAGCUCAUAAAUACUUAGCGCUUGAUUAAAGAUGUAACAAACGUACACAGAGGCGACACAUGUGGUUUACUGAGUGUGUAAUGUAUGCUUGUGAGGUGCUUUGUCGUGCUAGAAAAUGCCCUAUGUGAGCUUUUACAGAGGGAGUUUGCAUCACAUGUGCUGUUUGAAAUCUUAUCUCAGACGUAUCUUUGUCAAUCUUUUCCAAACCGAGGCGUGCGCUUGCUCUUCCUUUUGGCUCUCACAGACAGACGGACGGUUUUAUUGGUUCAAAGUCGGCGCAUGAUUUAUUCUAACCGUGCUCGAAAUCUUAACGUGACGCAUGCACCAAUCACAACUCUUGGAAACCUGUCGGAGACGGACAUUGUUCUUAUGUUCAAGGUGUUUUGUGUGAAAUCAAAGUGAAUCAAAAGUAAAGUGUGUCGAGCCACACACGUCUAAGAAUUAAAUGCAGUUGUUAAUUCAGCUUUGGUUGAGACAAUCUGCCCAAAAACUCUGAGAAACAAUUCCCUCUUUGGUCAGCAGAUGGUGCUAACAUUUUAUAAAUACAUUUAGAGAGGAGAACAGUUUGAAGUGAGAAUUCCAGAUCUGCUGGUUCUCUUAUAGUCUUAUAGUGAAGGCUUUCUAUCAAGUGCACAAAUGCAGUCUUGGAAACAAUUUUAACAAUAUAGAAAUUAACAUUAUUUUCUGUGACCUUUUGCGACAUGUUUUUAUAUAUCAUGUGGAUAUCGUCCGCACUAAUUUGUCGAGCAGAAACAAGUGUCUCUCGUGUGUGUAACCCCCCCCCCCGAAUGUGAAGUUAAAAAGCUACGCUCACUCACCCAGUCCUGAACAAUUAGUUUUAUGAAAAAGGGCAAAUCCUUGUGAAUCACAGAAGUAUUAAAAGACUUUAAGGGACCAUGAACUUCUUAAAUGUAUGAAGUGCUAAUGUUUUGAAACUGCUAAUGUU